AUGGGAAAGCAAAGCGGCAGAUAUGAAAUGGCGACGGAAUCGACUAGGAGGAAAGGUGCAGCUGGGCAAACGUAUAGUGAUGCCAUUUGCAGUUUCGUUAUCUGCAAUGAGUCUUCCCUUCAGCGGCAACAAAUCAUCUUUAAUCCAGACUUCUUUGUGGAGAAGCUGAGACAUGAGAAGCCUGAAGCAUUCACAGAACUUGUGGUCAGCAACAUUACCCGAUUGAUUGACUUGCCUGGAGCAGAGCUUGCUCAACUGAUGGGUGAGGAAGAGCCCCAGUUGCCUGGUGGGACUAGCAUUUCCUCAGGUUUUUUCCGUUCCCUGAUGUCUCUUAAACGCAAAGAGAAAGGGGUGGUAUUUGGAGCACCACUGACUGAAGAAGGCAUUGCUCAAAUAUCUCAACUUGUUGAGUAUUUGCAUAAGAAUUUGCGGACAGAAGGCUUGUUCCGAGUGCCUGGAAACAGUACUAGGCAACAGAACCUGAAAGAAGCUUUGAAUAGUGGAACAGAAAUUGACCUGGAUUCAGGCGAGUUUCAUUCCAAUGAUGUGGCCACUUUGUUGAAGAUGUUCCUGGGAGAAUUACCAGAGCCUUUGCUGACCCACAAACAUUUCCAUGCACACCUUAAAAUUUCAGACCUAAUGCAGUUUGAUGACAAGGGCAACAAGACCAACAAUCCAGAUAAAGAGCGUCAGAUUGAAGCCCUGCAAUUGCUCUUCUUGAUCUUACCAGCUGCCAAUCGCAAUCUGCUCAAAUUGCUGUUGGAUCUGCUCUAUCAAACAGCCAAGAAACAGGACAGGAACAAGAUGUCAGCACAUAACCUUGCUCUUAUGUUUGCACCUCAUAUUUUGUGGCCCCGAAAUGUGACUGCCAGCGAUCUGCAGGAAAACAUUAACAAACUGAAUAACGGGAUGGCUUUCAUGAUCAAGCACUCACAAAAACUCUUCAAAGCUCCAGUAUAUAUCCGGGAAUAUGCCAGGAUACAUUAUUUGGACUCCAGAACUCAUGCCUCAAAGGAUGACCUGGAUUUGCCAAUGCCCCAGAAUUUCAAAGACAUUCAGCUUCUGAAAUUCAAGAACCGAGGGCUCUUAGAUCCUUCUGCCCACUUGGAAGACACACAGCACCAUACAGAAGAAGCACUGAAAGAGCUUUUCUGCCAUGUUCAUAAUAUGCCAGACUCUGCCAAGAAAAAAAAGCUUAUUCAGCAGUUUCAGAAGCACCCUGAAGCCCUUACUCCUCAGGCAGCUAUAUCCACACAGAUUCAGAAACGUGCCCGAACUCGUUCCUUCAGUGGCCUAAUUAAGCGUAAAGUGUUGGGAAGUCAAGUGAUUUUAGACAAAAAGAAAAAUGAUACUUUUCCAGAAUCUGCAUGCGCUAAGGAUUCAAAGCAUAGCAGCAAGGAGAAUAUCAGCAUGACACCAGCUUCUUCUCCAGCAAUUAAUGUGAUAAGAGCUAAGCUGAAAUCUCUUGAACACAGGAAAGAGGAUGCCUCUAAAAAUACUUGAUUUCAUGGAACUUCAAGCGUAUUCCACUUGAGCUGAUGGUAUAUAUGUCUAACUUCACUUACUGGAGCCUACAGCUAUGUGCCUUCCAGAAUAACAAGACUUUCUCUUUCAUAAGGACAUUUUUGUCUGCCCAUAUGUUGAUGCACUGGAUGAUAUUUGCAGUGUAGCCUGUCUUUGAAGAGGUUAUUAUUUAGUAUUACUUUUAUUCCCAACUGUUUAUUAUUUUGACAACUGUUUGAGACUUGGUUUGCAUCCUCUGUCCAUGCUCAUCUUUACUGGUGAAGCUUUGUUUUUAGCAAGACUGUGUCUGUUUUUUUAACCUGGCAGUUCCCAUUAGCAUCCACCACAGUUAAUUCUUGUUUGCAGCUACGCUCCUUUUGUGAUUUUUGGAAAUGGCAAUUCUGUGAUUAUGACCAGGGUUGAAAGGGUUGGUAUUACAUUUAACUAUCUCCCACAGGUUGCUUUCACACAAAUUUUUCAAUCCCUGAGCUAUCUUGACCAUUUUUAGAUCAAGAGCAUGGAGAAAUUGUACUGUGCACAAUCUUCAGAAAGUGUCUCAUUAACAAAAUGUAACAGGCCUCUUUAUUUGAAUUCUACUCAAUGUUCUGAAUCAGUUACAUUUUUCUCUUUUCACAGGACUAGUGAUUUCCAUUGCUAAAUGUACUUGUCCUGAGAAUGCCAUUCUUAUUUUCUCCUCAGUGCUGUGAAAACAUUUUGGAUGAAGCUCCCCAGCACCACCAUUACAUUUUCAUUGUUUGCAAUCCAGGCUCUGACUCACAUUUUUCAGGCAGGGCCAAGGAGCUGACAGUUUAAUGACUAACAAUCUACUGGACGAAUACUAAAAGGCAGAAGAGCUUGUUAAUGUGGAAGGCGGCUGACUUGCUCAUUGGGAAGGUGGGAAGGCUGUCAAAUUACUAAAAGAAAUGUUUCCUUUUUCUUUUGUCAAUAACAGACAAACACAUGUGAGAGGAGGAGGAUGCACUGAUAUAGCAGUGCUGCUGUUUGAGUAAAAAAAAAAAAGACUACAGCAAUAUUGCAGCUGCUUGAAACUACUAAGUUUCUCCCUGCUCUUGAAGAAUCAGGAAUCGGCACUGAGCUAGGUGAACAUUUUUGCCAUCUUCCCAGAAAACACAUUGCUGUCUGAAAGAUUUAUAACAUGAGUUUCAUUACUCCCCAGAGAAAAGUCCAUAUGUUGUCUUUUGUUUCAUGAUGAGGUUUUAUUUUGUUUUUAAAUUUCAAUAGGUUAUUUUUUCCAAAAAAGUGAAGCAAUAUGGAACAAAGCCUGGUUUGAUUUUUUAAGGAUUGGGAGGCUAUUUGGGUUCCUUAAAUAUAAGGACUGAUAUUUUCCUCCUCUUUUAAAGGAGUAGGAUUCUAAAUCUGAUAUAUACAAGGUGUUCUAUAGCAGUUUACAAAUACCCACAAAUCUACUUGUCAAUAAUUUGAGCCAAACAAUAAAACAGUUGCUAACAUUGUGAAGUCAUAGGUAAGGUUGAGAGUAUGCAAAAACAACUGAAGUAGGGAAAACAAUAGAGAGAAACACUCUUGAAGUUCUCAUUCUUACCUUCAUUUGGUCAUGUUUUACUACACUGAGAAGAAUCUGACAGGAAGAUGUCCAAAAUUCCAUUCAAAUCUUGAAAGCGAAGCUUUCUUGUGCACCAUAGACAAAUCACUCUCAUAUUUUAUGUAAUACCAAGCCAUUAUUUGGUAUUGUGUUCUUAUACUUAACUAUAACCCAUUUUUGUAACUGUUUGCAUUUAAACUGGCAAAGUCUAGUUGGUAUCUUCCCCUCCAUAUCAGAAUUGCAAACUCUUUUGGAGGGAAAAAUGCAAACUGUACCUAAUUAGUUCAGAUAUAACUGCAAGGUGUAGUCCUGUACAAGCCAUGACAUAACUAAGCAUGCUGUGCAGGAGAAAUGAAUGUGCAGUUUAUUAGUUAGUGUGAUAUAUGAACUGCUCUAUCACUCACAAGGAAUUCACUAUUUGAGACUGCCCCCAAAAGCAUUGCCUAAAUGCUUAAAAUAUUAAGCCCAUUAAUAAUUCAGAUCUUUGAUCUUAGAAUUGGCAAUUCUAGAAUAAAUCUAGAAUAAUUGCCUUCAAGAACUGUUACAUUUUAUUUUAAACUUCAUCUGUGCUAUGGAGAACUUUCACUUACCAAUGCAAUGUAAUACUGUAAAUAAUACUUUUUUUUUAAUGUUGCCCUGUC